AUGGGAAUUCAAGGUUUUCUUGUCGUUACACUCUUGUUUUCGUGCUUGGCAGCCACCUCCUACGGUGUAGUAACCUUCUCCUCUCUUCAGGAAAGUCUUAUUGUCAACGCUUCACCAAAACUCGGACAAGUUUCGAAAGCUGGGGAAGACAAUAUAGUAAUGACAUGGUCAUUCAACAAAUCACUAGCAGGUGUGACAGAUUCAGGCUACAAGACAGUAAAGUUCAAGCUGUGUUAUGCCCCUGUUAGUCAGCAGGACCGAGCCUGGAGAAAAACUGAGGACCACUUAAACAAAGAUAAGACCUGCCAACACGCUAUUGUUACGAAGCCAUACAGUUCUACUAACAACACUUUCGCCUGGACAGUAGAGAGAGAUGUGCCAACUGCUACAUACUUUAUCCGAGCAUAUGUUUAUAACUCUGAAGACCAUGAGGUAGCAUAUGGCCAAACCACGGAUGCUCAUAAAACCACCAACUUGUUCAACGUCCAGGCAAUCAGUGGCCGCAAUGUGUCGCUUGACAUUGCCUCGAUUUGCUUCUCUGCUUUCUCUAUUGUGUCUUUGUUCGGGUUCUUCUACCUGGAAAAAAGAAAGGCUAAGAUGUCCCAAGCAAAGUGA